UGUCAGUCAUUAUUUUUACCUUUAUUUAACUAGGCAAGUUAGUUUAGAACAAAUUCUUAUUUUCAAUGACGACCUAGGAACAUUGGGUUAACUGCCUUGUUCAGGGGCAGAACAACAUAUAUUUUAGGCUACCUGUCGCUAUAUAGGUAUAGGCUAAAUGCCCUAACCUAAUUGCAAUUUACAUAAUAAGAGUUACAAUAGAAUAAUUCCCUAAUUGUAUCUUUCUUGAGAGGGAAUAAAUCUCUAAUACACUAUACUCAAUACCAUACAGUAAGCACACCACUCUAUACCGAUGCAAGCCCCACCUCCCCGCAGAAUAAAGAAUAGACACGAGUGGAUAAUUGCGGUGUCACUACAAAGGAUACCUUAAUUAAGCCAAUUCAUUGGCUGUGUUGUAAUCUGAUUGGUGUGUGUACCACCUAAUGCAAAAGGUGUAAAAACGCUGAAGCACUCCAUUCUGUUCAUGAUUUCUAUUUAUGAUUGACGCUGCUGUUUAAAGCUAUAUUUUUUAAUGUCUGCCUUAUUUGCAUUAUUACACAUUUGGAGAGGACAGGGGAGAUAGGGUGGACAGCUCCCUGUCUAGUAGUUGUAGCUGUAGUAUCUGGGAUCUACAUCUGUUUAUAUUAGUUACUGUGCUGUUACUAAGCAGUAAUGCAUUACGGCAGUGUUACGUUACUACACCUAAUAGGAAAUGCACAUGCGCACUGGAAUGCCGCGAACUGUAGAGCACGAGGGGUUUUGACUAAACGAAAUCUAACUGUACUCUCGUCUCCUGCCUGGUCAUUUCUCCACAACACAAAUAUUACAGUGGCGACGAGGUGAUUAAACUACAUAAACGGACAUUGCUUGAAGGGAAGAAUGUUGCUUGAGUAAUGAAACUCAAAAUAAUUAUGUAAUUCGUCAGUUAUAUUUAUUUUCUUUCGCCAGUAGAGAAGUCUAAGCACUGCUAGCACUGCUAGUACAGUAUUCAGGAGCUGCCAAGUAGCAAGACUAUUGGAGUCCAGAAUAGCGACACUACCCAUUGAAAUUAGGCGAUCUCAGUGGAGAAAUAUUGACAAGGGGGAAAAAAAGGAAGAAGGGACGUACAUUAAUACAAAUGAGUGCAGUGAAUGAAGUAAUUGCAGAAACUUCUGAAGUGAAGAAGUAGAUGACUAUUCAGAAAAUUAAGGAAUAUAAGGAAACUGAACAAUUAACUGUGAAAAUGGCAACCAUCGGUCGAGUACCAGAGUUUGAGGCUACAAAAGAGGAUUUUGAUUCCUAUUUGGAGCGUUUUGAGCGUUGGCUGAUAAACCCAUCAAUGAUUAGAUUUAUUUGACCAUAAUAAUUUGUUUGGUCCAUAUUAUUGACACUAAAUAGAGGUUAUUUUAACCGUAGCUGUUAAAAGUCCAACAGUGGGAGUGUGCAGCAGACUAAUGAUGGCGCGACUUUAACUCCUGACUAUUUCAGUUAUGGCCAACAGAGGGCAACAUUUAUCCAUAAAAUACGAUUAAACCUCACUGAACCAAAGUGAAUUGGGUUACACUGUAAACUUUAUAGAGAUUUCGUAUGUGAUCAGAAACGAUGCAUUCAUUUACCAGAGUGGUCGCACUGUGUUAUUGUAGUUGACGUAAUCGUGUACAAUGGCAUGACGUAAUAUAUGAGCCUAUGACUUAAACGCACUCAAGAGAAGGUUCAGUGCUUACUUCUGGCUCAGUUGAGUUGAUGAUUUACAAAGGAGAGUCAUCCUCAUGUUCAAAUAAAUCACUUUGAGUGGACAAAGAUGACAUUCUGUGAGUACAGCAAAACGGGCCAAGAUUUUGUAAAAAAAAAAAAUUGAAAUGUAUUUUAAAAUGUAUUUGUUUAUAAAAAAUGUCAGGUCCAAUCUGAAGGGUGCCUGAAAGCACAAUGGAUAGAAAUCAUAAACGGUUGAGAAUAAUUCUUCAAAAAGUAAGUCUCAUAAGUGAUUAAAAAAAUGUUUUUGUUAAUUCUGGGGCUUUCUCUCUUGAUAUGUAAUGGGGCUAUCUUCUUGGUAGUAUAGCCUAUAUGCUGUAAAAACAGAUUGACAUGAUUUAUAGUUGGAAAAGUGGGCAUAAUAAUGGAGGGCUUAAGUUAAAUGUAUUUCCUUAUGAUCCUGUACCCCAGGCUAGGACCCUCCAAGCUAGUGCUGGAGAGCAGGUGCUCCAGACAGACGUCAUUUCUGCUGGCCAUGAUGGAGUAAGGCUGCCAGCCCUGGGAGACUGCCCCAAGGACAGCCCUCUAAAGGUAAGAAACAGCUUUUAGUUCUGAUGCAAAACGUCUGGUUGUAACGGAGACCAGUUGGUUGUAAUCUAGUAAUAUGAUGUGUUGAAAACCAGUUUACAACGAGAUAAUAACACCAUUAAGACACAUGGACCACCUACUAGUUAGAACUAAUAGUAUUGGAAUUCUGAUUGUAAAUAUAAGGUUAUGAUUUAUAGUUGGAAAAGUGGGCAUAAUAAUGGAGGGCUUAAGUUAAAUGUAUUUCCUUAUGAUCCUGUACCCCAGGCUAGGACCCUCCAAGCUAGUGCUGGAGAGCAGGUGCUCCAGACAGACGUCCAUUCUGCUGGCCAUGAUGGAGUAAGGCUGCCAGCCCUGGGAGACUGCCCCAAGGACAGCCCUCUAAAGGUAAGAAACAGCUUUUAGUUCUGAUGCAAAACGUCUGGUUGUAACGGAGACCAGUUGGUUGUAAUCUAGUAAUAUGACGGGUUGAAAACCAGUUUACAACGAGAUAAUAACACCAUUAAGACACAUGGACCACCUACUAGUUAGAACUAAUAGUAUUGGAAUUCUGAUUCUAAUUCUAAGGUUAACCCUUAUGUGACAUGUCACUUAGUACCACCAUGCCUAUGGUGAAAUAGGUGGUUUCUAUGGUGAUAUGAUUUCCCCACUGUUGUUAUAUGUCUCAGAACCUUGUGCCGAAGCCCCCACAAGGCCCCAGGCCCAGCCGAGAGGCCAAUAUAGCAAAGGCAGAAAAGAAGGCCAGAGAGGUUAUCAAGGCUAAAAAGUCUAGGGAGGCUAAGUCAGGGGUGAUAUACGCAAGACGCCAAGUAGUUGGUGUGUUGGCACUGCCUCAAACUCUUAUAUCUCGAACAACCAGUUACAGUGAGUAUUGAUCUCCACUUCCAAAAAUCUUGGAUUUUUUGAUGCAAUUCUAAAAGGAUAUAUGGUGGAAGGAUCCACUAUUAUCUACGACUCUCCUCUUUCUGUAGGUGUCCUGCCAGCUAUCAAGAAGGGCACUAAAGUUACUCAAAUGGAGACAACAGAAACCCCAGGUCCCCUGACACCUAAUGAUGGGGAGAUAAUGAUCUCCUCUCCAUCUGUUGAUGACCUCCUGACCCCAAAGAGUGAUGUGACGUCCGUGGCUAAGAGCGAUGAUGCCUCCUGUCCAAUUUCACCUGAGGCGUUCUCUCUAACGAACUUCCUGAAGUCUCACCCUCAGAGAAAGCUUAUCAGGAAGUUCCUCAAACAAAUGAACGUGACAAUAGGCGACCUGGACGAAAUCAUCGAGUGGGUGGUGUGUGUCUCCAGUGAGGUGUUCCUCCCAGUGAUGGCUCUGCACAGGACCUCCAGACCAGAGUCGUCAGACUCGUCCCACUGGGGUUCAGGUGUGCUCCAGAUCGUCUCUGAAAAAUUCCACCAGCGGAGUUCUGAGCCAAAGGGAAGGCUCCUGGGCGGACAGCCGCCCACUCCCCCUUCUGAGACCGACAAGGAGCUUCAGGGCACAGCAGAUCUGUCUGUGAGUAACAUCCUGAAAAGGGCCCAGGAGGACCUCUUCUCUUCUGGUGAGGAUGACCUGGAGAACACCCAUCCAGGUAUUACUCUGACAGAAGAGAAGCUCUCCAGCAUCUUCUCAGAGCUGUUCAGGGAUGCCUGUGAGAGUGCCCAGGAGGCCGCCAGACGGAUCCACCACAUGAGGUCUGGAAGAGGCAACAACAGCCAGAAUGGGAGUUGGCCUGGGUCGUCACAGGGAUCGAGCAAAUCCAACAUGCCAGAGUUGGGAGAACUGGGGUCAGUGAGGAGUCCCAAGGGAAGUGACGUCCAUAAAGUCCUUAGCGAGGGGUCCCUCCCUGUCUUUGCCCUGUUUGAGGAGAGGCCAGGGGAAGUUGGGGAGACCAGCAGCCCUGCUGGGGAGAUGGACGAGACACAGACUGCCAGCACUCCCAGCAUUCCCCGGUCUGGGCAUGGCGGCAGAAGGAGUAGCCAGACCACCACUCCCACCCCCGGCCACAGAGAGGCAGGAUUCACAGCCAGUAACAUCUUUGAUGUUAUUAUUCAUCUGGCGCACUCUGACACUGACCGGGAACUCCACCAGGAGUUCAGCAGUGAGGAUGAUGUUUCACUGAAUGACAUCAUGGACAUGAAGUCAACCCUGGCCCUGGGUCAGAUCCUGUCCUCAUGGAAGCUGGUCAACAUGAUCUUCAGGGGGAAGGUCCACUACUUUGGGAAGGAUCUCAUCUGCAAGGUGUAUCAGAUGCUUCUGGACACCGGUAUGGGCAGGAGGCCAAUGGCCCGCCAGAGCAGGUCCGAGCCCAUCCUGAAAGACAUGGCUGCCAACCGUAGGCUCUCCAAUGAAUUCUUCACAGACGUGCUGUACAUGUUCAUCCAACGGGCCAUUAAGAAUCUGCUGGAGAACUUCUUGGGUCUGCCGACCACCCCACCAGGUAGAGACAUUAUGUGGAAUGACAACUUUAACUGGAUGUAUAGGGACGGCUGGGGGAACACCCCCACAUCCAGCGAGGAGGAAUUGUGGGACAGCGACUCCACCUGGUCAAGUGGGCAUGGGGAGGAGGAAGGGACAGAGUCCCGUGGGAGGUGGGCCGCUCUGUUGGAGAAGGGCAGCUUACUGACCCUCCAUUCCUCCAGCUCCCUCUCCCUCUCCGAUGACAACAAGGAGGCACUAGGGGCCGUCUGCCAGGUCCUGACCACCAGGGUGGGAGACAUCCUGAACAGUACCUGCAACGACGAUUGCAAGGCCAGGCUCAUCAUCCAGAAAGGAUUGGAUUCCGGUGCCAGGGAAAGGUUCCCUGACUCUCCGUGUCCCUCUUCACCCAAGGACGAAGAGGAGGUGGUUGUGAGUGCCAUGACUGUCUCAUACCCUAAACCCUCCACCUCAACCCAGGCAGCAUGGGCAGCUCCUGCCCAGACUCUGGACGUUUUUCUGCCCAGACCAUGCCUGGAUGAAGAAGAGGUAGUGCCCAGCACCUCCUUGAAGGACAACUCUGUGACAACCACCCAUGCAGCACUGGCAGCUCCUUCCCAGAGCCUGGAAGAAGAGGUGGGAGAAGCUGAGGUGUCCCACGUGAGUGAGAGCUCCCUGAUGCCCACCAAGGCCAUUGAGAAGAUUCCCUCCCUCCUACCAGGCAAGAUCCUUAUCGAGGAGGACACCCUCAGUUGCAGCACUCCCUGGGCCACCGUCAUGAGCCCCCAGACCCUGAAAUUCAUCCUCCACGGCAUCAUGUGCCGACUGGAGGCCUCAGAGUCCCCCCAGACAAGGAGGGCCAAUGACCCCUUCAGGCUGAUGAAGGAUCUCUUUCUGGAGGUCCAGCAUGCCCUGAAGUAUGCUGACAUCUCUGUCCUCUUUGGCCUGGAGGAGAGCAUCCAAUUCAUUGGGGAGGAUGCGGUGAAGGCCAUCGUGAAGACUGCAGCUAAAAGAUUGUCCCUGCGUUCGGACUCCAACCGGGCUCAACUGCGUGCCGCGCGCUCUGGUGGUGAGGCAGCCAUCAGGUGCAUGGCGGACACCAUCACACAAGUCAUAGAUGACUAUUCCGAGGACUGGAGUUCCGGUGGCCAUUUUGGAGCCAGGAGGAGCCGUGCUAGUGGGAGGUCACACUCCUCAACCUCCUCAAGGAGUGACGUCACCCUCACCGAGGAGCUCCUGGCCCGGAGGGAAUCCCUUGAAGAGGACCUAGCGGAGAUGGCUGAUGACAGCACUGGUUUGGAGAAGACCAUUGUAAGCUCAGCCAUCUCUGCCAAGUCCCAGGUAAUUAGCUACAUUUCAGACAGCUCCGAGCCCAACAGCUGUGCCCUCUUCACAGACCUCGAGGACAUCACCUCCACACAUGUGAGACAGACAAGAACUAGUAGAUUGUUUAGUUAUUUGGGCUGUUUGAUUGUGAGGCAUCAACUCAAAUCUGUUUCUCUCUCUACGAAGGAGAAGGAGAAGGAAGAGGCUAUGAAGGAAGAAGUGAGGAAGUCAGGAAAGAAGAGGCGAAGAAAUAACAAGGACCAGAAGAAGAACAAGGUGUCUCCUCUUGGCAAUGAUAGUACUGUGGCUGCAGAUGAGCCGAAGAAAAAACAGUCUCUCCUCCCGCGGAUCACAGCUGCCCUGGCAAGACUAUUUUGCUUCCCCUGCAAAAAAAAGAUGCAAAAAGUAACUGCAGAGACGAGUUUGGGAAACCCUGAUACCACCUCCCCCAACCCACUUUCUAAAAAAACAUCAGUGCCACCAGAAGAGGGAGACAACCCCCCCUAACUAAUUUGAUUACCCCCCCAUUUAAUUUAAUAAACACAACUUUCAGCUAUUUUGAUCUUCUUUACUUUUUUUUUUACAGACCCACCUGCAUGCUAUAGAUUCGUAAGGUCAAUUUGCUGUGUACUGUCUACAGUAUCAUUGUUAUGAGUAGGUUCACUGUGUCAGUCAUUAUUUUUACCUUUAUUUAACUAGGCAAGUUAGUUUAGAACAAAUUCUUAUUUUCAAUGACGACCUAGGAACAUUGGGUUAACUGCCUUGUUCAGGGGCAGAACAACAUAUAUUUUAGGCUACCUGUCGCUAUAUAGGUAUAGGCUAAAUGCCCUAACCUAAUUGCAAUUUACAUAAUAAGAGUUACAAUAGAAUAAUUCCCUAAUUGUAUCUUUCUUGAGAGGGAAUAAAUCUCUAAUACACUAUACUCAAUACCAUACAGUAAGCUCCACUCUAUACCGAUGCAAGCCCCGCCUCCCCGCAGAAUAAAGAAUAGACACGAGUGGAUAAUUGCGGUGUCACUACAAAGGAUACCUUAAUUAAGCCAAUUCAUUGGCUGUGUUGUAAUCUGAUUGGUGUGUGUACCACCUAAUGCAAAAGGUGUAAAAACGCUGAAGCACUCCAUUCUGUUCAUGAUUUCUAUUUAUGAUUGACGCUGCUGUUUAAAGCUAUAUUUUUUAAUGUCUGCCUUAUUUGCAUUAUUACACAUUUGGAGAGGACAGGGGAGAUAGGGUGGACAGCUCCCUGUCUAGUAGUUGUAGCUGUAGUAUCUGGGAUCUACAUCUGUUUAUAUUAGUUACUGUGCUGUUACUAAGCAGUAAUGCAUUACGGCAGUGUUACGUUACUACACCUAAUAGGAAAUGCAGAUGCGCACUGGAAUGCCGCGAACUGUAGAGCACGAGGGGUUUUGACUAAACGAAAUCUAACUGUACUCUCGUCUCCUGCCUGGUCAUUUCUCCACAACACAAAUAUUACAGUGGCGACGAGGUGAUUAAACUACAUAAACGGACAUUGCUUGAAGGGAAGAAUGUUGCUUGAGUAAUGAAACUCAAAAUAAUUAUGUAAUUCGUCAGUUAU